AUGAACAAGUUCUGCGACUUCAUCGAUGAUAGGAUUGACGAUGGGACGUUUACUCCAAUGGUCAAUGCGGCCAACUCGUCAAUGCGGCAGAUUGGUAAAUUCCUCGUCUUCUUCGUCUACUUCAUCUCAGCACUUCUUGCCUUCACCUCAUUUUUCAUUAUUAUCCCAUAUGAACAGUUAUACAAACCAGGAUGGCUACUCAUCACUCUAGGUGUCUUUGGAAUAUAUUUUCUGAUCAAUAUUCAAUAUCAUUACUACAAGGCUAGAACGAUAGCACCCGUUGCUAAUCCUGGGGAAGAAGGUGAUGAAUUUUGCGACAAAUGCAACUACUGGAAAAGCGACAGAACACAUCAUUGCUCAGUGUGCGAGCGGUGUAUAUAUGGCAUGGACCAUCAUUGCAUUUGGAUUAAUCAGUGUGUUGGAUCACACAAUCAUCGCCAUUUCUUCCUCUUUGUAGCAAAUUUGACACUAGCUGCCAGUGUUAUCAUUUUUGCGGGUUUCCAGUCAUUCUAUGAUCAUUUGUUUAUGGAGUACUCACAAUACACAUUUUGCACAACAAUUCUGGAGCACGCACCUCUUCAAGACAUUAUUUGUGAAUACGAUGGAUUUGCGAGAACUGCAGUUGUCUUUUCUUAUCUCCUCAGUGGCAUCUUAUUGGUUAUGGUUGGCGGCCUUACUUUUUGGAACUUCUACUUGAUAUCCAUUGGGUGCACAUAUAUUGAUUAUUUGAAACGAAGCGGAAACAAAAAAAAGCAGCAAACCCUGAGAAAUCGGCUCAACAAAGGCUUCAAAUCCAACUGGAAGAACUUUUUGGGGCUUCGACGGAAUCGAACAUUUUUCCGAUGUGUUAUAAUACCAACUACAUUCCCGCCGGUGAUAUUUGAGAAUAUUAAUACGCGAUACGAUAACUUUGAUAUUGUAUGA